CGUGACAGUCGCGGUUUCACCACAUUCUCGAGCAGUCAGUCAAAGCAGCGGACAGUAAAAAGAAGCGGACGAGCAGCGUUGCGGAUUUACAGAAUAAACAGUGGAGCUUAUAACACACACGUCCCGCCAGCUUAUAAAGCGUCACCAUGUCCAGUGAGGUGCAGCCGAGGCCGGACGACAGCCCCAACACCAGUGGGGGGAGUUCGGACGCCGAGCAGAGGGAGGCGGCUCCUCCGGAGCAGCCGGGCCCCGAGCAACGGGACCAGGCCCAGCCCAAAAAGAAGGAGGCCAAAAUCUCCAGUAAGACCGCUGCCAAGCUCUCCACCAGUGCCAAGAGAAUCCAGAAGGAGCUGGCAGAGAUCACCUUGGACCCACCGCCGAACUGCAGCGCCGGCCCUAAAGGAGACAACAUCUACGAGUGGAGGUCCACCAUCCUGGGCCCUCCAGGCUCCGUGUACGAGGGGGGAGUGUUCUUCCUGGACAUCGCCUUCACACCAGACUACCCCUUCAAACCACCCAAGGUGACGUUCCGUACGAGGAUCUACCACUGCAACAUCAACAGUCAGGGCGUGAUCUGUCUGGACAUCCUGAAGGACAACUGGAGUCCCGCCCUCACCAUCUCCAAGGUCCUACUGUCCAUCUGCUCCCUGCUCACUGACUGCAACCCAGCUGACCCUCUGGUUGGAAGCAUCGCCACACAGUACACAACAAACAGACCCGAACACGACAGGAUAGCCAAACAGUGGACCAAACGCUACGCCACAUAGAGCCGCUGCUGAUUGGACGACCCGGGAGGCGGAUUUGUUUUUAAUCUUGGAACUGAAGUCUUCAAUCCUGACAUUAUGUUGUUUAUUGUAUUUUAAGUUAUCCUUUGACUAUAAUCAGAUCUGGCAGUAGCACAUUUAGCGUCUUUGACUAGUUCGCCCGUGCUCGACGACGGGCAUUAAUACUUAACUAGAUGAAACGUGUCAGCAUGAUUCCCAGUCAGUGGUGUCAGUGUAAAUUUCCACUUGUAUUAAACUUCCAGUUAGUGUUGCGAGCUGCAGCCGUCGUUCACAGGCUGCACGUCUCAGUAUUUGUGUGCUGCUGAGAAUAAAGAGAAGCUAACGUUUACCAGCAUUUCUGCUUCAGCUCAUCCACAUAUUGAAGUGACCGUCUGACGGUUUUCUGUCACAGCGAGCAGCCACUCACACUGGGAUAACUGCGCUGGGACCCGAGGGCCGCGCUCAGACUUAGAGGAAGUUGUUUCCACAUGUAGACGUGUUUAGAUGGAUGUGGUUUGUGUUCUGUACCGAUGAAGAGCAGCACUGUUUCUCCCUUUAAGGAUUAAACAUGACCAACCAAAGC